AUGGCGACACGCGACAGCCGCCCCUGCCCGGGAUCCGCCUCCCUCCAUGCCGGGGACACCCCGGGCUCCCGGGUCCCCCAAAACCCUCCCGGGGCCACCUCGGUCCCCCCGGACCCUCCCGGUCCCUCCCGGCCCCCCCAGGCUCGGCGGAGGCUCCGCAGCAGCUCCGGGGCUCGGAGCCCGCCCGGGGAGCGCCGGCCCGAGGGCCGCUCCAGCCCCAUUGUGCUGCUCCACGAUGUCACCAAUGUCACCGCCGCCCCCGGAGCGCUGCCCUCGCUCCGGGACAAACCCAAAACCAUCCGGGUCAUCACCAGAGACCUGAUCCGGGAGCUCAUCAUUCCCAGGGAUCGGCCCCCGGCCUCGCUCAUCAUCGGCUCCCAGGAAUUCCAGCGGAUCCAGGAGGAGGCUCAGCCUCCACGGCAGCUCGGGGAGCGGCUGCGGAUCCUCAAAUCCCGCCAGGACGCGGCUUUUGAGGCGCGCAGCCGGGCCCUCAGCGCAGAGCGGCGGCAGGAGGAGCUGCGGGAGGCGCGGGCGCACUCGGAGCUGGAGCUGCAGCGGGAGCAGGAGCGGCGGCAGCUGCUGGAGCGCGCGGCCGGGCUGAGGCUGGAGCAGGAGGACGAGAUGAGGCGGCUGAACUCGCUCCUGCUGAGUGCCCGCUGCAGCUCCAUCCUGGACAGGCAGCUGGCGGAGCGGCGGCAGGUGCAGGGGGAGCUGCAGGCAGAGGAGCAGCGCCUGGCGCGGCUCCUGGACAGCGAGCGGGAGAAGGAGCUGCAGCUGGAGGAGGAGCUGGAGCGCCGCAGGAAGCAGGAGCUCAUCAGCAACAAGCUGGAGCUGCUCCAGCAGAUGGAGCAGCGCCAGGAGCAGCGGGCGCUGAGGGCUGAGCAGAAAUUCCAGGAGGGCCAGAGGUUCCUGGAGCGCAUGGAGCAGAUGAAGAGGGAGGAUCUCGAGGCCUGGCAGCAGCGGCAGCAGCGCAAGCAGCAGCUCCUGGCCGAGAUGCAGGCGGUGGACGCGGAGAACCAGCGGCUGCGGGAGCGCGAGCGGGAGCGCGAGCGGCGCGCGGAGCUGCGGGCCCGGGAGGAGCAGCGCCAGAAGGGGGAGCGGGAGGCGGCGCUGCAGGCGGAGCGGGCGCGGCUGUGGCAGGAGCGGCAGCGGGAGCUGGACCGGGUCAAGGCCAUGCAGGAGCGCGAGCGGGACUGGCAGGAGGCGCAGGACGCUCUGCGCACCAGGCGCAGCGAGGAGGCGGCGGAGCGCGAGUGGCGGCGCCGGGAGCUGCAGCGGGAGCGGCGCCGGGCGGAGCUGCUGCAGGAGCUGCAGCGGGGCCGCCUCGAGCAGGCGACAAAACAGCGACAGCGGCGGGCGCUGGCACUGCAGGAGGAGCAACGCGACUUCCUCACCCUGCUCAGUGCCCAGCAGGAGCAGCUGGCCCGCGAGCAGCAGCAGCAGCUGGCACGGCAGCGGGCCCAGCGCGCCCACGUGGAGGCGCUGCAGGAGCAGAUCCGGGAGCGGCGACAGCGACAGCAGCGCGACAGAGCCGCGGCCAUCGAGGAGGGACAGCGGGAGCUGGCGCGGGCCCGGGAGCGGGCAGAGCGCCUGGAACGCGCGGGGCAGCAGAAACUGCAGCGCCUCAGCCCAGCCUGUCCCGAGGCUGCCGCUGUCACCUGGCUGUCACCGCAGGGCCACCAUGCCACCUUCCUGUGA